AUGUACAGCAAUAGCAACGGUGGCAUCUACGGACACGGACGACGCGAUUCCAACAUGCCAAUAGACUACAGCCGUGGAAAAGGCGGCUACACGUAUACAAGGAGUCCGUAUCCUAAAAACAGCGGAGGCAGCGGUUACAGCAGUAAUAACCAUGGCGGAGGUUAUGGUUACAGCAAAACUGGAGGCAGCGGUUACAACAAUAAUGGUAAAGGGUACAAAAAUAACGACGAAGGUAGUAGUUACACCAGAAAAGGAGGAAAUGUUUACAAGAAUAAUGGUGGAGGCAGUGGCUACCCCAAACAUGGUGUAGGCAGUGGUUACAACAAUGGUGGGGGCGGUGGUUACAGCAAUAAUGGUGGAGGCAGUGGCUACCCCAAACAUGGUGGAGGCAGUGGUUACAACAAUGGUGGAGGCGGUGGUUACAGCAAUAAUGGUGGAGGCGGUGGUUACAACAAUAAUGGUGGAAGCAGUGGUUACCCCACACAUGGUGGAGGCAGUGGUUACAACAAUAAUGGUGGAGGCAGUGGUUACAACAAUAAUGGUGGAGGCAGUGGCUAUCCCAAACAUGGUGGAGGCAGUGGUUACAACAAUAAUGGUGGAGGCAGUGGCUACCCCAAACAUGGUGUAGGCAGUGGUUACAACAAUGGUGGAGGCAGUGGUUACAACAAUAAUGGUGGAGGCAGUGGCUAUCCCAAACAUGGUGGAGGCAGUGGUUACAACAAUAAUGGUGGAGGCAGUGGCUACCCCAAACAUGGUGGAGGCAGUGGUUACAACAAUGGUGGAGGCAGUGGUUACAACAAUGGUGGUGGCAGUGGUUACAACAAUAAUGGUGGAGGCAGUGGCUAUCCCAAACAUGGUGGAGGCAGUGGUUACAACAAUAAUGGUGGAGGCAGUGGCUACCCCAAACAUGGUGUAGGCAGUGGUUACAACAAUGGUGGAGGCAGUGGUUACAACAAUAAUGGUGGAGGCAGUGGCUACCCCAAACAUGGUGGAGGCAGUAGUUACAACAAUGGUGGAGGCAGUGGUUACAAUAAUGGUGGAGGCGGUGGUUACAACAAUAAUGGUGGAGGCAGUGGCUACCCCAAACAUGGCGGAGGUAGUGGCUACAACAAUAAUGGUGGAGGCGGUGGUUACACCAAACCUGGCGGAGGCAGAGGGUACAGCAAUAAUGCUGGAGGCGGUGGUUAUAGCAAUGACGGUAGGGGCAGAGGGUACAUGAAUAAUGGUGGUGGCGGUGGCUACGGAAGAGGCAGUGGGUACAAUAACAAUGGUGGCGGCGGCGGUUACCCUACACAUGGUGGAAGAAGUGGGUACAACAACAAUGGUGGCGGCGGUGGUUACCCUACACAUGGUGGAGGAAGUGGGUACAACAACAAUGGUGGUGGAAGCGGUUAUGGAGGAAACAGGGGAUACAAGAAUAAUGGUGGUGGUGGCGGUGGUUAUGGAGAAGGCAGUGGGUACAACAAUAACCGUGGCGGCGGUGGUUAUCCCACAUAUGGUGGAGGCGGUGGUUAUAACAACCAGUACCCACGUGGUGGUUAUCCAAGGCACAGCGGCAGUGGGGGACAUGGCUACAAUAGUAAUCCGCAUUAUGGAUAUCGUGUUUGUCCCAACCAGACCUUUUAUGACAACAUUUACAGAUGGAACGACAACAGCAAUGGAUAUCCGAUAGCUGCUAUCACCACAGACCUAGUAGCCCAAGCUGCGGUGGCUGCCUGUUUGCUAUUGACACUACCAAUGAUGAAUUCACCAACGGUGCCAAUAGUAGAUCCAAUGCUAGGACUUGCUAAAAAUACAUGCAACAGAACGAUCAUGACCCUACAAAGCUAUUUUAGCGUCAACCCCAUGAACCCCGGACGAUGUUGGGCUAUCCAGACGCAGAAUGACGUGAACGGGAUGCCGAUGUUGAUACAGGCGCCCAUCUCCUACGUAAAGUGCCAAAAUUCAUAUUGCGGCAAUUGCAAGAGUUCCCACUACAGCGAUUUUCAUAAUCGCUGCAUCACGACGUACAGCAAUGUGAGUCUGUGGGCCUACUGCGAGAACAGACCUGUCGGCACGAGAACUGUGUUCGACACGAUCCUGAUACCCACCAACUGCGAGUGUCAGGCCGUGUACUGCUUCCGCAACUAUCACUAGGAGCCAUUCGGAGCCAUUCGGAGUUCGAGCUGCACUGUUACUUUAUCACAGAGCUAUGAUACAUUCGGAACUGGAACUACACUUUAACUUUAUCACAGAGCUAUGAUACAUUCGAAGCUGGAACUACACUUUGACUUUAUCACAGAGCCAUGAUACAUUCGGAGCUGGAGCUACACUUUUGACUUUAUCACAGAGCUAUGAUACAUUCGGAGCUGGAGCUACACUUUGACUUUAUCACAAGACUAUGAUAAAACAUAAAUAAAACAUCUUUGCCCAGUUCUUUAUGGCAUUGUUGAAUUUAACCAGAGCCAGUCUAAUAUUUUCAUUUUAAUUAUUUUGGCACAAAUGCAAAAUGAACCUUAAAUUUCAUUACGAAUGGAUACCUUUGCUUGUUUUAAAUCAAGUCUUCAUAUGCUGUUUUAAAUUGUUACUUGUAUUGAUUCAAUCUUUUGUUUUGAACAUUUCUGUUAACCACUGGUUAAACUUAUUAAAGUUUUAAUAAUCAGUCCCCUGGAAGUAGCAUGUUGCAUGUAUCAUGAAAUAGAAUUUCAGUUUUGUACUUCAUAUUUUAACUGCUUCUAACAAAAGUUUGUAGAGUCAUUUGUUUUGUUCGUGCAUGCCGUAUAUAGGUUUGUAAAUUGUAAAACCUGUUACAGAACGCGUCACUUACAUGGAGAUCCUGACAUCAAUGUCGUCAACUUUUGGAUUAGUUAAUGUGCUACAUACAAUAAAUUACAUCUGCUUAUAUACUUG